UUGAUUAUGAAACGAUCUUGAUCGAUCGUGCGAAGAAGGUACAGUUGCGAUUUAGUGCAUAAUAUUAAAUCUGCUAAAAACUUUAAGAAAGUACAUAGCUCUCGGAACUUUUAUAACUUAAGCCUUAUGAGAGUGACGGACAAUGCAAUAAAGGGCUACAAAGUACAGGCAACAUCCCUGUUGAAUUACGGACAGUGAAUACGAUGAAUGAAACGGAAGAUAAAAUUGUCUUGUCAGCAUCGUUGAUUGACGAUGUGAAAGCUUUCCUGACCCUGGACAUCCCAGGAUUGCUUCCAGAAGAGCUAACGGAAAGGAUAUUUAGAUUUCUGUCUGCUGAGGACCUGUGUCGUGCUGCAGCGUGCUCUCGAGCGUGGAGAGAGAGGACAAACAAUGAUGUACUGUGGCAUUGGUUAUGUAAACGGAGAAGAUGGGAACGUUACAGCAAAGUUGUCGACCUGAGUCGAGAAACUCCAUUCAGUCCAUCCUUCACAGACAUCUCGCACACCACCCCGACAUUUCACUUCGAGAACAUUUUAACCGAGCCCGCAUUCUUGUCCGCCACCUGCAACUGGAAGCAGGUUUACAUGAGGGCGUGGCACCUGGAACGCAACUGGUGCAGAGGACGAUACCGCGUGGCACCAGUGAUGCGCGGGCACCGGGAGAAAGUGACGUGUUUGGACUGCAACGGAACCGUUCUGGUCAGCGGGAGUGUGGACAAGACAGUCAGAAUGUGGAAUCUCAUAAGCGGCAAGUGUACUCGCGUGUUAGAUGGACACACUGAUGCGGUGACAUGCUUGAGACUGAAGGAUGACGUCGUCGUGACAGGAUGCUCGGAUGGCUUUGUCCGAGUCUACGACACACGGACUGGUCGGUGUCAGAUGGUGUUUACCGGCCAUGAGAGAGGUGUUGAAUGCCUCUGUAUUGAGGGAGACAAUGUCAUCAGUGCCUCCAGCGACAGAUCUAUCAGGGUGUGGUCCCUGUCUCGAGGAAUCUGUACUCAGAUACUUCGAGGACACAGUGAUGACAUUGAGGCAUUGAGUUGCAUGGGCAGCCUUGUCGUCAGUACAUCUUGGGACAUGACAUUGAAGUUAUGGGACAUUGGUCAUGUCGGGGAGUGCCUGCAUACCUUACAGGGGCACACUGAAGUCGUGUUCUGUUGUCAGUUCGACGAGAGAAUUGUGGUGAGCGGUAGUGGCGAUGGUCUGGUCAAAGUUUGGAGCACAAAGUCCGGCGAAUGUUUGAGGACGUUAGAGGGUCACGACGGAGACGUGUACUGCCUUUGCUUUAAUGAUGACGUCAUUGCAUCGGGAUCAGCAGAUAGUUCAAUACGAUUGUGGUCCCACGCGGGGGAACUACUUAGAGUAAUGCGGGAGCACAUCGGAGUGGUACGCUGCAUGUGUCUCCUUGGUGACAGACUGGUAUCCGGCGGCGAUCGGAAGAAAAUCGUUGUCUGGAAUGCCAAAAAUGGUGACCUAUUGAAUGUCGUUCACCGGAAUCCGAGUCUGCUGCACAUCAUGUGGAUGAAUGAUACACGUCUGGUUACGGCCUCUCCUGAAUCACCGGGCACUUUAACUGUGAUGAGCUACUGGUGAUAGACAUUUCGGAACUUCGAUGUCAAAGUAUAUUCUUGCCAACGAGUAGUUUUCUGUGGUCUUGACUGUGUGGACUUUUUAUUAAUAAAGGCCAUUCCUGAACUUC